GGCCGAAAUGAGUUGAUUGCCCGCUAUAUUAAGCUGAGAACAGGGAAAACACGCACAAGGAAACAGGUAUCUAGUCACAUCCAGGUCCUGGCGAGGCGGAAAGCUAGAGAGAUCCAAGCCAAGCUCAAGGAUCAGGCAGCUAAAGAUAAAGCCAUGCAGAGUAUGGCUACAAUGUCAUCUGCCCAGAUUAUCUCUGCAACUGCCUUCCAUAGUAAAAUGGCCUUGCCUGGUCUCCCACGACCAGCCUACCCUGCUGUUUCUGGGUUUUGGCAAGGACCAUUGCCAGGCCAAGCUGGGUCUUCCCAGGAUGUGAAACCUUUCUCUCAACAACCUUAUGCUGUACAGCCUCCACUUCCAAUACCAGGGUUUGAGUCUCCUACUGGCCUCUCACCUUCCCCAUCAGCACCAGCUUGGCAAGGACGAAGGGUUGCUAGCUCCAAACUUUGGAUGUUAGAGUUCUCCGCUUUCUUGGAACAACAACAAGACCAAGACACAUAUAACAAACACCUGUUUGUGCACAUUGGGCAGUCAAGCCCCAGCUACAAUGACCCCUACCUCGAGGCAGUGGAUAUUCGGCAGAUCUAUGACAAGUUCCCUGAGAAGAAAGGGGGCCUGAAGGAGCUCUUUGAAAGGGGGCCAGCUAACGCCUUCUUCCUUGUCAAAUUCUGGGCUGAUUUAAAUACCAAUAUUGAAGAUGAAUCCAGAUCUUUCUAUGGUGUUUCCAGCCAGUAUGAAAGCCCAGAAAACAUGGUCAUUACCUGUUCCACCAAAGUGUGUUCCUUUGGAAAGCAGGUGGUAGAGAAAGUAGAGACAGAGUAUGCACGCUAUGAAAAUGGACACUAUUCCUACCGCAUCCACCGCUCCCCUCUCUGCGAAUACAUGAUCAACUUCAUCCAUAAACUCAAGCACCUUCCUGAGAAGUACAUGAUGAACAGUGUGCUGGAGAACUUCACUAUCUUACAGGUUGUGACAAACAGGGACACACAGGAGACCUUGCUGUGCAUAGCAUAUGUUUUUGAAGUAUCAACUAGUGACCAUGGUGCCCAACAUCACAUCUACCGGCUGGUGAAGGACUAG